CGCAUGCGCUGUGGUCCUUUGCCGAAACGCAUGCUGAUGAAAUAGCACGGUUCGCGGACCAGGCGGCAGGGCCCACUUUCAAAGUGUACAACAGCAGCAGAUAUAGGAACCGGACACACUUCCUCCCAGCAAAAUGCCUGGCUUAAGUUGUAGAUUUUACCAGCACAAGUUCCCAGAAGUCGAUGAUGUGGUCAUGGUUAACGUACGAUCUAUUGCUGAGAUGGGUGCAUAUGUCAGCCUUUUAGAGUAUAACAACAUAGAGGGCAUGAUCCUUCUCAGUGAACUUUCAAGAAGGCGUAUCCGCUCUAUUAACAAACUCAUCCGAAUUGGCAGAAAUGAAUGUGUUGUGGUGAUAAGAGUUGAUAAAGACAAAGGUUACAUAGAUUUGUCCAAAAGAAGAGUUUCACCAGAAGAAGCUUUGAAAUGUGAAGACAAGUUCACCAAAUCUAAAACUGUCUAUAGUAUUCUGCGUCAUGUGGCAGAAGUUUUGGAAUACACAAAGGAUGAACAACUAGAAAGCCUAUUUCAGAGAACGGCAUGGGUAUUCGAUGACAAAUACAAAAGACCAGGUUAUGGAGCCUAUGAUGCAUUCAAGCAAGCUGUCUCUGAUCCAUCUGUUCUUGAUGGACUGGAUUUGAUAGAAGAGGAAAGGCGUGUUCUUAUUGACAACAUUAACAGACGUUUAACCCCACAAGCUGUAAAAAUUAGAGCAGAUAUUGAAGUUGCUUGCUAUGGAUAUGAAGGGAUCGAUGCAGUGAAAGAAGCACUGCGAGCAGGACUUAAUUGUUCUACAGAAAAUAUGCCAAUUAAGAUAAAUCUUAUUGCUCCUCCUCGAUAUGUAAUGACUACCACAACACUUGAAAGGACGGAAGGUCUUUCUGUACUAAAUCAGGCAAUGUCAGUCAUCAAGGAGAAAAUCGAAGAGAAAAGAGGAGUGUUUAAUGUCCAAAUGGAGCCUAAGGUAGUCACAGAUACAGAUGAAACGGAGCUUGCCAGACAACUAGAACGACUGGAGAAAGAGAACGCUGAGGUGGAUGGCGAUGAUGAUGCUGAGGAAAUGGAAGCAAAAGCUGAAGAUUAACAAAAAACUGCUUUGUUUGCAGUGUGAAAUGUUACCAUACAAACUGUAUCUCCACAUUCAUAACAUCUCCUGAAUUAAGUGUGUACAUGUUCUACGUCAUUGCUUCUCAAGCCUGUUCUUAAACAAUACUGACAGACCAGGAUAUAGGGGGUUACUAAUUUGUAUUCCAAAAGUAAUAUUCAUAAGUCCUGGCCAGUUUGUGAUCUUUGAGCACUGUUUUGAGAAUCAUUGAGUUCUUUGAUCUGUACACAUUUUAUUUAUAAAAUUUUUUUUUUUUUUUUUUUUUUUUAUUAUUAAAACCAUCAUGAUUUUGCUUUUUUGUAUUACCGAAGAGUGGUUUUUGAAAUUAGCAAAACAAAAUAAUUAUCCACUGUAAACUCAAUAGAUCUAUGCAGAGUUUAUUCAGUUAAGAAUGCUCUAUAUGAAAAACAAAAUCUGGAUUUCUUGGAAACCAAUAGACUCAUCCCUUUGCAUGUAAUUCCAUGCUACUUCAUAUGCGAAAGGAAAUUUUGAUUGAAAGGGUCUCUUUACCUGGUAUAAAGAAUGGAUUCUAAUUUUUGACGUAUAAUUUGUUACAAAAUUACUAAUUCUAUUACCAAAGAAAUGUUCAGCCAAGGGUAUUUCUGGUCUCAUUUUCCUUCUUUUGGUGAGACAAUCCCCAUUUUAGAGUCGUGUCUUGCCGUCCUAACUUUGUUCCCUGGUGUCGUGCUUUUGGGGACCCCAUGGAACUGUAUGCAAAAGUGUAGUUUGCACACAUCAUUAGAUGUGCUGGUGCAAUACUCAGGCACUAAGUCCCUGCAGAGAGCACUGAAACAGUUCUCCCUGCUUGGUCCAUCCUUCGUGGACUGGUCUGUUAGAUUGGUAGGCAGCCUGGUGGCCAGGGUGACCUGCCAGUUCUUCAGGCAGACCUCUUUAAGCUGCACCAGGGAUGUAAGUUAAUCAAAGGACUAACCAUCACUGGUGUUGGUGCAGGUUGAUAUUUUGCAUUGGAAAGUCUUUGUCUGUGUUAAAUAAACAGUCUGCUUCCUUUGCUGUUUGGAUAAAAGUAUGAACAGAUGCAUAUCUCUUCAACAUCAACUAUACUGGUGGCUCCUAGUUUGCAGCACUCUUUUUGUUUUGCUUUUUUUUUUCCCUGCCAGAAUAUUUCUUUUAGGAUGGCCAAAUCCUUAGGGGUCACAAUAAACAAGUUACACAGUACGUGAUGCUUUGAUGUCCAGUGGUUCCCCUUCAAUUUUGUUUUUCAGUGAAGCACAUAAACUAGCUCAGACCAUGUGACAAUCUGUGCUGGUGCUUGGUAAACUUGGAUUGAGAUCUGUUGGUGGUUUGCUAAUUUUGCUUUGCUAGAACCACUGGAAAAAAUGCAGCAGUUUAGACAAUUUUUUUUAAAUUUUAUUACAGUUUUGAACAUCUAUUAAUAAAAACUGCCAAUAAAAAUCUAAGAUAUUUACUAUUGCCUC